AUGAGAACACAUACCGGCGAUAAACCCCAUGACUGUGAUGUAUGUGGUAAAGGGUUUAGUCACAUUCAUUCUUUACAGAUACAUAUGAGAACACACACAGGUGAUAAACCUUAUAAAUGUGAUGUGUGUGGCAAAGGGUUUAGUCAGCAUGGCCAUUUACAAAGCCACACGAAAACACAUACAGGGGAGAAACCACAUAAAUGCGAUGUAUGUGGUAAAGGCUUUCUUCAGCGUCGUGAUUUACAGAAUCACACGAGAACACAUACAGACACAUGGAGAAAGAUUCACGGUAGGCAGAUGAAUAUGGUGGAGGAUAAAGUGAUUAAUGGUAACGUAAAGAGACACAAAGGAACACAGGCUGAUGAUCAUUUACUUCAUACUGUUGUUAAAACUUAUAAAUGUGAUGUUUGUGCUAGAGAAUUUACUCAAAGUAGUAGCUUAAAGAGACACAAGAGAACACAUACUGUUGUUAAAACUUAUAAAUGUGAUGUUUGUGCUAGAGAAUUUACUCGAAAUGAUAGCCUUAAGAGACACACGAAAACACAUUAUGUUGAAUUGAUGUUGAUUUGUCAAUUGUGA